CCUCCCCCUCCUCCUACGUCGUUUCCCUUGGUACGUGUGGUAGAACGCUCGAACCGAGAGCUCGAUCAUGUGGUGCGAGCUAGCUAGCAUGUGUGCCGGCGACGGCACCAGGGAGCGCUGCGCAUGCGCGCUGUGUGGAGCGGCGGCGGACGUGCACUGCGAGGCCGACGCGGCGCUCCUCUGCGCGCCCUGCGACGCCCAGGUGCACGGCGUCAACUUCCUCGCGUCCCGCCACCGCCGCACGCGCGUUUGGCGGCCUAUGGGCGUGGACGUCCUGUCCAGGACUGCUACGACAUCGCGCUCCUGCGUGUCCACGGCCGACUCCGCGACGACGGCGGCGCUGCGCGGCAGGGGGACGACGCCGCCGGCCAGGAGGCGCGGCGCGCGGGGCGAGGCGGUGCUCGAGGGCUGGGCCAGGCGGAUGGGCCUCGAGGCGGGGGCGGCGCACCGGCGUGCCGCGGCGGCUAGCCGCGCGAUCCGGGUCCAGGUCGCCGCGGCGGCGCCACGGGUGCCGCUGCGCGUUGCGAUGGCUGCGGCGCUCUGGUCCGAGGUGGCAGCUCACGGCGUCCACGAGCCCGGCGAAGCGCUCCGGCGCCUGGAGGCCUGCGCGCACGUGCCGAUGAGGCUCCUCGUGGAGGUGGCAGCGGUGUCGACGAUGGGGGACGCGCGCGCGAAGAAGAGGACGGCCGCAGUGGACGCCGACGAGGACAGCUGGGGCGAGUGCUCGAUCGUGAGCCUGGACAAGACACCGUCUUCUCCAAGACACGAGCUUCUCUUGUUCGUUUAGUACACUAGUAGUAAGUUAUACUGUAGCUCAGAUGGUCAAAUUACAACCAAAGAUAAUACAUAACGUUGUUGUGUACUCAUUCUAUCCAAAAAAGAUUGUCCCUCAAUUGUUGUGCUAGAUACAUCCAUUUAAGAGACAAGCUUGAAACAAGUUUUUUUUUG